ACAACAGGCACGGACGGGAAAAUAUUGGAUAUUGGAUUUGCUCCAAAUUCUGAUUGAAGCAAAUGAUUUUGGCCAAGAAAACCCAUUACAGUAGCUUCCCUCCAUUAUCAGUUGUUCAAACAACUCUUUGCUGCACAAUGUGCACAAUGGACGCACAGCAUCGGUGAGCUCCUCCCUCGCUGCAUCGGUGGAAACAGUAGAGCCCCUCACUCCUAGCGUCUCCUCGUAGCCUACACGUUCCCUGUCUGCACGUCCCAGUCAAGUGCUGGGCCCUGCAGUCAGACUGGGAGUCCCAUAAAGGACACACAUCUGCCACCUAGUGGCUGCAUGCGGUACUGCCGGACACAAAUCACCAUGAAGACGGUAAAACAAACACUGCGCAAAGCACUGCGCAGUUUAUACAAAGUAGAAGACGUUGAAGUUAAACAAUUACACAAGUUAAAAAAAACUAUUUUACCCAUUUAUGUCAUUUUAUUUCUUCACAAAACACACGCAGGCUUUACAUGUGACAUGUCUUUGUAAAUGUACUCUUUUGCAUCGUUUUGCAGUUAAACGUUAAAGGUUAAACGGCAAAUCACAAGAAACAUCGCUUUGGUUUUUAUCUUUAUUUUAUUAACCCUCACAAACAUUUAUGAUGCUAAUAGGCCAAGACACUACAGCUUCACCAGCUACAACAUUAGAUCAGAUGAGAUUAGAUCUGACUUUAUUAAUCCCACGAUGGGGAACUUUCUGCUUUCAGCAGUGAUAUAACAUUGAACAAAAACAAGAGACAGAAACAAGAUAGAGCCAGAAAAUUAUUACCCAACAGACUUAUUAACAAUUAUUUUUACUUCAGCAACCUAGUAUAUAAUUAUGUAGUAAUGAUUCUACGUGCGCACUAGGUCUUAGGAAAUAUGAUCUAAUACCUGGAAGCAAACCAGACAAUGUGCUUGCAUGUGUGUGUGUGGGUUUCUCUGUAGCCGCAGUACAGAACAGGGCGAGUGUAUCCAAAAAGCUGCUCAAACAUAAACAAGAUGUUAAUCUGAAUCCUCCGCCUGCGCACGGUGCGUUCACUGAUCACACGCAAGCUCCGCUCUGUUCCUGCGAAGACGCCGGCGGUGGCCGCUCUCAGCGCUGACGUGUGACAGAGGGCAGAGCUGGGCGUCGCGAGCUGACAGGCGGCACUUAGGAAAAACAGCGUGUUUCAUCACCGGCCUCUUGCGUCAAGAUGACAAACCAGAUAGGCAACAGAAUACCUCCAUUAUGUCCUGAACACACGCUUCCUGUACCAGAUUUGUCUUUGAAUCUGGCCCGAUCAUAAGCGUUAGAUAAGGUGCGUGAGGUACAUGAGGCUAAAUGCUUGUGGGGUGUGGAAAACAAACGGAUGGAGAGCGGCAACAAAACUAUGUUGUUCACAGUAUGUGAUGGAAUAUGCUGAACAAAACCAUAUUUGUAAUAUGUAUAAUAUACUAAUACUAAUAAUAAUAAUUUUGUCCUUGGGGCAUUUUGUGUGUGGUCAUAAACCUGACUGAGCUUCAGUCAGACUCCCACUGCUGAUGGAAGAGGGAAGUGAACAUGAUAACUGCUGAGCUCAUCUCUGUCCGGUUUAGCAACUAGUGCUUAAGCCCAUUAAUCAAAGGAGACACUCGUGAUUUAGUCCAUUAUGGACACUCCCUCCAUUGACUCUGUUUUGAAUGGUAUCAAAGUGAGUGUGCAGACAUCAAAGACGAAUCUUCAGGAACUGGACUGACAAAACCCAACUCUUCCUUGAUCAGUUUCUCUUUCGAUUCGUUUUUUACUUUCUUGUUCUUUUUGACGCCGCCCAGAUGUUGACCUAAAUGGUUCACUGCUAUUUCUGACAUGAUACAUACUAAAUAUUUCCUCCUCAGAGUCUGUCUGUAAAAUCAGCUUUUGAGACAAAGUAAGCGACGAUAUACUGUAUGAAUGUAUACAUAACAUCGAUAUUUUAUGAUUUUUAAAAAAAAAAAACAUAAGCCCUUUGGAAACUGACUGGUCAAAAUAUAAACAAGGAAACGAGUGAAGCCUUACAGUGAAUAUCAGAGUAAGAAAGCAUCAUCACAUAAUACAUGAUGUCAUCAACAACAUAUAACAUCAUUGUUGUCAACAUCACAGACCUGGAUUCAUUAGAAAUCAUGAUUAAAGAGAUAUAUCCAUAAUGUAUAACAAAAAUCUAAGCUUGUCAGCUUUUUUCUUUUUUCAUGAUAAAUUAAAACCGUCAUGGUUCAGUAAUUAGCUCCACUGUUUCUCUACAAUGCAUUUCCAGUUAGAGUUUUCAUGUUUCCUUGAAUUCACCCAGGUUUUGUUUGCAUGCUCAGGUUUCCCCUCGGUAUUUGCAUGUCAGGUUACUCCCACACCAUCCAGAUGGAGGUAUAAAUGUUUCUGACGCCUUAAUUGAUACGUAACCUGCCCGUUGUGUCUCCCUGCCUUCUGUCACACUUACAGUACGCUUCGUCUCCUGUCUAGAUGGUCUGACAGCAUUUCAUGCCAUUCCACGUUAUAAUAAACCUUUAAAAAUGUGAAAAUCACAUGUUGUAUUAAAACAACGAUGAAAAUCUUGACAGCAUUUCAAGGAUAAUCUUCUUGAGGUUUAUGUAAAUAUCCUGGGAGGAAAAUAUGUCAAUUUGUUUGUAUGAAUGAACAACAAUGCAUGUAAAUCGAGAUGCAAAACCAACCGUGAGGUGAAUGCAAAACAUAAGAACACACAAUGAAGUGAAUAAACCAAAGCGUAAUUAUUGUAAUAAAUACUCGUACCAUUAUCUUUGACAGAAGACGUGAGCAGUCAGUCAUUCAACACUCAUCAUAUUUAUUAAAAUGACACGAUGAAAAGCCAAAGGAAGCAACAACGCAGACGUGAUGCAGUCAGCGCCACUUUGUUGUUCUAACAACUGUUUGUGCUCAUCCUGACGGAUACUUAAACUAAAGAGGAUCAAAGUGCAAACCACAAACAAAUGUCAGGAAAAUCCUCCGGAAACAUGAAAACAAACACCGACGAGUUCACACAAGCAGCGACACUGCAACUUGAAGUAAGUCAGUCACUGUCUCGAGUUUUUUUCCUCAAAGCUAUAUAAUAUUAUAAAUAUUAUAAUGUGUUAAUCAGUCUUUUCUCUUUGCACUCUGCUGAUCCAAUGACUGGAAUAUGCAAGAAAUGCAGGACAACACAUUGACAUAAAUUCAAAUUUAUUCCUUUAUUCAAGCAAGAGUGUUGAAUGCUUAUUUACCGUGAAUAUCAUGAAAGCUGUUAUGUUGCAUUACACCUGAGGGGGCCGGGGAGGGAGGGGCUCAUUGCGCCAUGUCACUUUGUGGUGUGCAACUGACUUUGCAUACACCCGGUUCUUAUGAAGUGCUCACACAUACACGGGGUGCUGUCACUUCACUCUCAUCAGCGUCGCCAUGGCUGCUUCACCCAUUGGGCUGGUUCUGUUGUGUUCGCUGGGUCUGAGCGUCAGAACCUCCGCGGUCCCCACGUGGUUCCAGAACAUCAGCACCAGUCUCUUCAGCUCGCCGGGGGACAUCAUGCUCGGGGGGCUCUUUCCCAUCAACCAGCUCUCGAGCAACCUCAGUGAGUGGACGAUGCCCGGCAGCGUCGCAUGUGAAAGUUUAAAUCUAAAUGGACUGGCCCUCUCCAUAGUAAUGAAAUAUGCGGUGGACGAGAUCAACGCCAAUCAAUUUCUGCUCCCUGGCGUCAAGUUGGGUUAUGAGACGUAUGACACGUGCAAACAGUCUGCCAUCAUCGUGAACCCCACUCUCUCCUUCCUCACUGGAAAAGCCAGCAGGUCGCUGUCCGUGCAGUGUAACUACACGGACUACGAGACCAGCAUGUCAGCGGUGAUUGGGCCUCACAGCUCCGAAAUGGUGGCCGUCAUUGGAAAACUCAUGGGAUUCUUUCUGAUGCCACAGAUCAGCUUCAGCGCGACGAGCGACACGUUCAGCGACAGCGUCCUCUACCCGUCGUUCUUCCGCACGGUGCCCAGCGACAAAAACCAGAUCAGCGCCAUGGCGCAGCUGCUGAACACGUUCAGCUGGAACUGGGUGGCGCUGGUGGGCAGCGACGAGGAGUACGGCCAGCAAGCGGUGCAGCUGUUCUCCAAAAUGACGGAGCAGAUGUCCAUCUGCGUGGCCUAUCAGGGCCUGAUUCCAAUAUACACCGACCCGCAGCCGGUGAUCACAACCAUCAUAGAUCAGAUCCUGCUGAACAAAGUGGGAGUGGUGGUGGUCUUUUCUAUCGUCCAACCAACUGUGGCCUUUUUCAAUGAGGUUAUCAAGCGGAACGUAACAGGUGUGUGGAUCGCCAGCACCAGCUGGUCCCUCAGUAACCAGCUAACGUCCAUCCCAAACAUCCAGUCGGUCGGCACCAUCAUUGGCUUCACCGACAGGACGCAGCGCCUGCCGCUGCUCACCCCCUACUCACAGGCGCUCUUCAGCAAAAUCAGCCAGGAGAGCGCCUCCAACGCGCCUCCCCCGGCGCCAAGUGGCCCUGGGAGUCCCACCGAUCCGUGCCCACAGUGUCGGUACCUGUCGACGGCCAACAUGAGCCUGAUGAACGACCCGGCGGUGCAGCGCACGGCUUUCAGCGUGUACGCCGCCGUCCGCACGGCGGCGCAGGCGCUGCACAACAUGCUGGGGUGCAACGGCAGCGCCUGCAUGUGGAGCUCGGAGACCAAAAUCUACCCCUGGAAGCUGUUGGAGGUUUUGAGGAACACGUCCGUGAACGUACUGGGCACUCAACUGGUGUUUGACAGCAGCGGCAACCCCAACCUGGGCUACAACUUAAUUCAGUGGGUGUGGAAAAGCUGGGGCGUGGACUUCACCUACGCUGGAGGCUAUUAUCAGCAACUGUCUAUCAACGUGUCGCUCCUCCGCUGGCACACUGCGGACGGACAGGUCCCUCAGUCCACCUGCUCUGCGGCGUGCGCCACAGGCCAGGUGCGCAGAGUCAAAGGCUUCCACUCCUGCUGCUUCGACUGCAUCGACUGUUUGCCAGGCACCUACCAGAAGAACCCCGACGACAUCCAGUGCACGAAAUGCCCCGGCCGACAGUGGUCGUCGCUGCGCAGCAACAACUGCACCAGCCCCAGCUUCGACGUCUUCUCCUGGCGCACGCCCGAGGCCGCCAGGCUGCUGGCGCUGGAGGCGCUGCUGCUGCUGUGCUUCGGCUGGGUGGCGGCCGUGCUGCUCCGGCACCGGGGGACCCCCAUGGUGCAGGCGUCGGGGGGGGCCCUGGGCCUGGCGGGGCUGCUCAGCCUGGCGGCGGCCUGCCUCAGCCUGCUGCUGUUCCUGGGGCAGCCCGGGGACACGGCGUGCCGCCUCCAGCUGCCCCUCAUCUCCUUCUUCCAGACGGUCACGCUGUCCAUUAUGACGUCCGUCUCACUGCAGAUACUCUACGUGACGGAGUUCCCAGAGAAGGCUGCGUCUCACCUGCAGUGGGUGAGAGGCCCUGGGCGGUGGCUGGUGGUGCUGGUCCUCUGUGCAGUGCAGGUCGGUCUCUGUGCCUGGUUUGUUAAGGAGGGGCCGUCUCUGACCGAAUAUGUGGCAAACAUGGAAAUAGAUUUUGUGAGGGCCUUCCUGUCGUGCCCAGUGCUACCUCUCAUCGGAUUCGCCUUGAUGCAAGGCUUCAACAGUGCGUUGGCUCUUCUGUCGUUCAUGUGCACGUUCAUGGCCAGCAAGCCUCUCCAUCAGUACAACCUCGCCAGGGACAUCACCUUCUCCUCCCUCAUCUACUGUGUGCUGUGGGUUCUGUUCAUUCCCAUCUACAUUGGCUUGAACGAUAAGAACAGAGCUACCGUCUAUGUUUCCUUCACUCUAAUAGGCGACCUGGGCCUGGUGGCCGCCUACUACUUCCCCAAAUGUUACUUUCUGCUGAAGCAGCCGGAGUUGAACACACCGCAGCACUUCUGCACCUUUCUAGAGGGCGUCCCACCCGUUCCAGCGGAGGAAGAGCCGCAGCCGAAAGCGGAGUCAGAACACUAAACGUGGGCGCGGAGUCGUGAAAUGUGUUGCAGGGUGAUUCAUUCACAGCUUACUGAUCAUGAAAUGUAUAUUGUGUUGUUACAUUAGGCUAUUUAGGCUUUGUCUGUCCUUCUAAAUUAAUUUGUAAUCAUAUUGUGGGUGUGUCUGGGAGUCAUUACAAUACAUAAAACGACACAAUAAAACUGCUACCAUUUAUUAUAUUAUUUAAAUUCAGCAUAUUUUCACUGAUAAUGUCAAAAGCUUGAUUUGUAAUGGAAUUUGGAAUAAAUGCUUAACUUAACCCCCUGGCUUUGUUAAAUUUUACUACCCUUUAAGCCAAAAAUGGCCACAAACAGACUGAGGUGUAAUUUUUAAAUAAAAAAAUAAAAAUAAAUUGGGGUUGAUUCAAGAGCAACAGGGUGUGCAAACAACAGUAGAGCUGUCUUUGCAGACAAAGCUUUCUGGAGGUAUUGUAAAUCUGUGAUCAAGGGGAGCUUAGCGCUGACCAACAUG